AUGGCAGCAUUGAAGGUAGAUGAUGAUGAUCAGGUGGUUUCUGUAACAGUGUUCGUCGCUGUGCUAUGUCUCUGUAUAGUCAUCGGACACUUGCUUGAAAAAAAUCGAUGGGUCAACGAAUCUAUCACUGCUAUUAUCAUAGGAUGCAUUAGUGGAACAAUAAUCUUGUUUAUAAGCAAGGGCACAAGUUCUCAUAUCCUAAGAUUUGAUGAACAACUGUUCUUUAUAUAUCUCCUUCCGCCUAUUAUAUUUAAUGCUGGAUUUCAGGUCAAGAAGAAACAGUUCUUCCAUAACUUCUUUACCAUCAUGUUGUUUGGAAUUAUUGGUGUUUUCAUAUCAUCUGCCAUUAUUACGGCUGGCAGCUGGUGGCUGUUUCCUUUGUUCAGCUUCGUUGGAUUGUCUGCGCGUGACUAUCUUGCUGUAGGGACAAUCUUUUCAUCAACGGAUACAGUGUGUACUCUGCAGGUUCUACAGCAAGAUGAGACUCCUUUGCUGUACAGCCUGGUUUUUGGGGAAGGAGUAGUGAAUGACGCAACAUCAGUUGUUCUCUUCAAUGCAGUUCAAAAGCUUGAUGUCAGUACAUUUAAUGGCUGGUCAGCUGUUCAUAUCCUUGGAGAUUUCAUAUACCUAUUUUCCACAAGCACUGCUCUUGGAGUCGGUGCUGGACUUUUGACGGCGUAUGCGCUUAAAGCACUGUGCUUUGGGAGACAUUCAAGUGUUCGUGAAAUCUCUUUAAUGGUUUUAAUGGCAUAUUUGUCCUACAUGUUGGCUGAGCUGUUAAGCUUAAGUGGGAUUCUAACUGUCUUCUUCUGUGGGGUUCUUAUGUCUCACUAUGCAUGGCACAACGUGACUGAAAGUUCAAGGAUAACAACCAGGCAUGUAUUUGCAGGAAUGUCUUUUAUUGCAGAAACAUUUAUAUUUCUUUAUGUGGGAAUGGAUGCUCUGGACAUUGAGAAGUGGAAAAUGAGCAAACUAAGUUUUGGUACUUCGGUAGGUAUAUACAGUACCGUGCUCUUGCUGAUAUUACUUGGACGCGCUGCUUUUGUGUUUCCCCUCUCUGCCUUUUCCAAUUACAUGAACCGAAAUGCUGAGGGUUCAUCGUUGAUCACGUUCAAACACCAGAUUGUCAUUUGGUGGGCUGGGCUAAUGAGGGGGGCUGUCUCUAUUGCUUUGGCAUUCAAACAGUUCACAUUCUCUGGGGUUACAUCUGAUCCUAUUAAUGCUGCAAUGGUCACCAUUACUGUUAUUGUUGUUCUCUUCAGUACCAUUGUGUUUGGUUUUCUGACAAAGCCACUUAUAAGUUAUUUGCUCCCUUACAAUGGAAACAAUCGAAUUCAUCGAGAACCUACGACCCCUAAGGAGGACCUGACUCUUCCCUUGCUUUCCUUCGAAGAAUCUGCUGCCACAAACAUGCUCCGUGCAAAGAAUAGUCUGUCAAUGCUAAUAGAAAGGCCGGUAUUCACUAUUCAUUCCUACUGGAGAAGGUUUGAUGAUGCCUACAUGAGACCUGUAUUUGGUGGCCCACAAAGCGAUGAGCCUUCAUGA